UAUAAAACGCGACGGCUCUGUCCGAUGGCUCAGUUGGUAUACCAAAAAGCUUAGUGGCUGAAGAAGAUAAGCGGGUCCCUGUGACAUUCGAAUAUUUUAUUUUUUUUUAUAUUAUAUUGUGUCGAUAGGUAUCCGCCAUACUAACAAAAUGAAAGUUUUAAUUGUCUUCGCGCUUUUGGCCGUCGCCGCGUAUGGUGCUGAAGAGAAGAAGGAAGAAACCAAAGCGACCACUCCAGCUACCCCUGCUGAUGAUGGAGAAAGACCCAAAACUUUCAAAAGAUUGAUUCCUGCUGAUGUAUUGAGAGAUUUCCCUGGAAUGUGCUUUGCUUCCACCAAAUGCGCCACAGUCGAGCCAGGCAAAACUUGGGAAUUAUAUCCCUUCUGUGGACGUUCCACUUGCGUAGUGUCUGAAGAUCAGCCACCAAGACUUCUGGAGCUGGUUGAAGACUGCGGACCUUUGCCGCUUGCUAAUGAAAAGUGCAAACUUGAUGAAGAAAAGACCAACAAAACUGCACCAUUCCCAGCUUGUUGUCCCGAGUUCAAGUGCGAAGCAGGUGCCAAACUCGAAUAUCCAGAAAUUCCAACUGUCGCUCCAGUUCCAGAAGAUGCUGAAGUUAAAUCGACCACCACUGCUAAAUCUGCUUAAAUAAUGUCAACGUCUUUAAAUAAGAGCCUGAUUUUCUUUUCCUAUUUCUUCAUCCUGUUAGUAAUUUGUUAAUAUGCUGCCACAUUUUUCUGCAACAUUCAAAAUUACAGAAAACAAAAACGACGUCUUUGCCUGUUGUAAUUCGUAUUCAAAACGAUUUUGUAAACUGUUAGUUAACUUUUCGAGCAUCGUGUAGCUGAUGCAUGUAAUACUUAAUUGUGAUACGUAUUUAAUUUUUCUUUUAAAUAAUAUUUUGUUUUCGGUUUCCAAAUUGGUAUAUUUUGUGACUAAUAAUGUAGACUUUUGUAGUUUUUGUACCAAUUCGAAAAUAAAAAAUAUAUUUAUUUACUUCA